AGGCGGGGGCGAGGCGGCCCAGCGCCGCUGGGCGGAGGGUCCCGCCCGGCCAGGGGGCCGUCAGGGCGCAGGCGGUCGGGCCGGGCUGCCCGAGGCCAGGGCCGCAAGGACCCCCGUGGCCAGGGCGGCGUCAGGGCGCAGGCGCGGGGGAGGGGGGCGCGCGGCGCACGUGUGGCGGCCACGCGGCCCAGCGCCUCCCAACGGGGAAGAUGGCCUUUCCGCCGGGCGGCGCGCGCGCUCUCCAGCUCACACUGGCUCUGAUCAAGCCUGACGCCGUGGCCCACCCCCUGAUCCUGGAGGCCGUCCGCGACCGGAUCCUGAAGCACGGCUUCCUCAUCGUGCGGGCCAGGGAGCUGCUGUGGGCCAGGGAAGACUGCCGGGCCUUCUACCAGGAGCACGCAGGGCGUUUCUUCUACCAGAGGCUGGUGGAGUUCAUGGCCAGCGGGCCGACGCGGGCCUACAUCCUGGCCCGCGUGGACGCCGUCCGGCAAUGGAGAGCGCUCCUGGGCCCCACCAAGGUGUUUCGAGCCAGACACGAGGCCCCGGACUCGAUCCGCGGGAGCUACGGCCUCACCGACACCCGCAACACCGUCCACGGCUCCGACUCCGAGGUGUCGGCCCACAGAGAGAUGGCCGCGUUCUUUCCGGACUUCAGCCCCCAGCACUGGUACCGCGAGGAGGAGCCGCACCUGCGCCGGGGCCCCACGCGCUACGACGAGCAGGAGGGCGUCCACCGCCUGGAUCCGGGCAGGUCCGGCUCCAACCCGGCGUGACCGAGGAGGCCUCAAGCCGGCCCCAACCCCGGUGGUUGUCAGGACGGCCGGGGCACCACGCGCUGUGACGGACAGGAGGGCAUCCACCGCCUGGACCUGGGCAGGCCCAGUUCCGGCCCAGCCUGACCAAGGAGGCUGCGGCCCCCACGGCCCGGCUCCGGCCCCGGUGGUUGACGGGGGGACCGGACCUGGUCAUUCAUUCAGUAGUAUUUAUUGAGCGCUUACUAUGUGCAGAGCACUGUACUAAGCGCUUGGGAUGAACAAGUCGGCAACAGAUAGAGACAGUCCCUGCCGUUUGACGGGCUUACAGUCCUGCCACAGAGUACAGCCCGAGGCCUUACCGUUUGGACCCUCUGGCAGCCGCGGCUCAACCGGCUCCCCGGUCCCCGGGGUUCUAUGCUCAGAUGUUUGCGGUGGCCCUCGAGCCCCACCCCCUUGCCCUCUGCACGUGGCACCGGUGGCCUGUUCCCUCCCCAGCCUGAGCCAGCCUGACUCCCAAGGCUGCCCCAGUCUAACUUGGGGUCGGUGACUCCAUCCCCGCAGACACGCAGCUGAUUAGCGUGCAGGCCUCAUCCGGGCUGUGGGAGGGGAAGGGUACGACCCGGCCUACGGACCCCCCCCACCCCCAGCUGUGUGAGGGGGGAGGGUCCGACCUGGCUCCUCGAGCUGUCACGGCUCCUUGGCUUAAUAAAACCUCAGUUUUUGAGUGGA